AAAUACCUACCCCUAAUUCUCUGCACUCGCCCCUUCUAUCGCUUCCCCCAAGCCCCAGCCGACAGCUACCCCGACGAAGAAGACAGUCGACAACUGCCGAGUUCCGACAGCUACUCCGGUCUCCGCCUCCGCCCUUGCCGACGACGAAGCUGCUGCCCGGUCUCCGCCUCAGCCCCUGCCAACGACGAAGUUGCUGACUCUGAACUUAGCCUCCCCUGUGAACCAAGUUGCUCUUCUUCAGUGUGGCUCAUCUUUUGAGGCGCCGCUGUCUUCAUCCCAAGCCUCCAUUCCACCUAUCUAUCUUCAGUUUUUGCAGUUCUGCUGGUAGGGAAAUAAUGGCAGAGGAGAGUGGGAAGAGUUUUGCUAGGAGGGAUCGGUUGUUGGAAAUAGAGUCGCAGGUUCAAAAGUGGUGGGAAGAGGGGGAUGUUUUCAGAGCUGAGCCCAAAGAUUCUCGUCCCUUGCCGGGUGAAAAGUUUUUUGGGAACUUUCCUUUCCCGUAUAUGAAUGGCUAUCUUCAUCUGGGACAUGCAUUUUCAUUGUCUAAACUUGAGUUUGCUGCUGCUUAUCAUAGAUUGAGAGGUGAAAACGUGCUUUUGCCCUUUGGGUUUCACUGCACUGGGAUGCCUAUUAAGGCUUCUGCUGAUAAGCUCUCGAAUGAGAUUGAGAUGUUUGGAAAUCCGCCUCAGUUUCCGGUUGCAGAAGAAGAGGAAACUGAUGAGCAAGAAGUGAAGGCGGAGGGUGAGGGUGUAGGGAAUCAGACUGCUCCAGGUGGAAAAUUUAAAGGGAAGAAGUCAAAGGCUGUUGCAAAGACUGGUGCUGCUAAGUUUCAGUGGGAAAUCAUGAGAAGCUACGGUUUGUCUGAUGAGGAGAUUGCUAAAUUUACUAAUCCGUAUCACUGGCUGACAUUUUUCCCACCGCUUGCUGUGGAGGAUUUGAAGGCUUUUGGGUUGGGUUGUGAUUGGCGGCGCUCAUUUAUUACUACUGAUAUGAAUCCAUAUUUUGAUUCCUUUGUGCGGUGGCAAGUGAGGAAAUUAAAAUCCUUGGGAAAGAUUGUUAAGGACCUCAGGUUUGCCAUAUAUUCUCCCAAAGAUGGGCAGCCGUGUGCUGAUCAUGAUCGGGCUUCAGGGGAAGGAGUUAUUCCCCAGGAGUAUACUCUUAUCAAGAUGGAGGUUGUUGCACCUUUUCCAUCAAAGAUGAGUGUUUUAGAAGGUAGAAAAGUGUACCUUGCUGCUGCUACAUUAAGGCCAGAGACAAUGUAUGGACAAACAAAUGCUUGGGUACUGCCAGAUGGGAAGUACGGUGCAUAUGAGAUUAAUGAUACAGAUGUUUUUAUCUUGACUUAUAGGGCUGCUCGUAAUCUGGCUUACCAGAGGCUGUCACGCAAACCCGAGGAGCCAACUUGUUUGGUUGAAUUGACUGGUCAAGAUCUUAUUGGGUUGCCCCUGCGCUCUCCUUUAGCUUUUAAUGAAGUUAUAUACACUUUGCCGAUGCUAUCAGUUCUUACUGAAAAGGGUACUGGUAUUGUAACCAGUGUUCCCAGUGAUUCUCCUGAUGAUUACAUGGCCCUUCAUGACUUGAAGUCUAAGCCAGCCUUCAGGGCCAAAUUUGGUGUCAAGGAUGAAUGGGUCUUGCCCUUUGAGAUUGUGCCUAUCAUCAAUCACCCAGAUUUUGGAGACAAAUCAGCCGAGAGAAUUUGCAUAGAGAAAAAAAUUAAAAGCCAGAAUGAACGAGAUAAGCUUGAUGAGGCUAAGAAAGUAAUCUACAAAGGUGGUUUUUAUGAGGGAACCAUGGUUGUUGGAGAGUUCUCUGGAAUGAAGGUCCAAGAUGCUAAAAGUUUGAUCAGAAGCAAGCUUCUGGAGAUGAAUCAAGCUGUAGUGUACAGUGAGCCUGAGAAGAAGGUCAUUUCAAGAUCUGGGGAUGAGUGUGUCGUGGCUUUGACUGAUCAGUGGUAUAUCAUCUAUGGGGAACCAGAAUGGCGGAAUGCUGCAGAGGAGUGCUUAUCCGGUAUGAAUCUCUAUUCUGAUGAGUCCCGUCAUGGUUUUGAGCACACUUUGAGCUGGCUUAACCAGUGGGCUUGCUCACGCAAUUUUGGGCUUGGUUCUCGCAUUCCUUGGGAUGAUCAGUUUUUGGUUGAAUCCUUGUCUGAUUCCACACUUUAUAUGGCAUAUUAUACUGUAUGCCAUCAUUUGCAGAAAGGGGAUAUGUAUGGUAGCGACCACUCUUCAGUGAAACCGGAGCAGUUAACGGAUGAAGUUUGGGAUUUCUUGUUUUGUGGAGGGCCAUAUCCUAGUUCUUCUGACAUAUCUUCUUCUCUCCUUGAGGAGAUGAAAAGGGAAUUUGAGUAUUGGUAUCCAUUUGACCUCAGAGUUUCUGGCAAGGAUCUUAUUCAGAAUCAUCUUACUUUCUGCAUCUACAACCACACUGCCAUCUUGCCUAAGCACCUUUGGCCACGCGGUUUCAGGUGCAAUGGUCAUAUUAUGCUAAACUCUGAGAAGAUGUCCAAGUCUACAGGUAAUUUCAGGACCCUGAAGCAGGCUAUUGAAGAGUUCUCAGCAGAUGCAACACGAUUCUCUCUUGCUGAUGCGGGUGACGGAAUGGAUGAUGCAAACUUUGUGUUUGAGACGGCUAAUGCUGCUAUCUUACGUCUCACGAAAGAAAUCGCAUGGAUGCAGGAGGUUCUUGCAGCAGAGUCGUCUUUGAGAAGUGGAGUGCCAUCCACAUAUGCUGAUCAGGUAUUCGCUAAUGAAAUGAAUAUUGCAGUCAAAGCAACAGAGAAGAACUACGGCGAAUAUAUGUUCAGGGAAGCUCUGAAGACAGGUUUCUAUGACCUUCAGGCUGCUAGGGAUGAAUACAGGCUAUCAUGUGGGUCCGGGGGCAUGAACCGUGAUCUAUUAUGGAAGUUCAUGGAUGUUCAAACCCGGCUUAUUGCUCCAAUCUGCCCUCAUUAUGCUGAAUAUGUCUGGAAGGAACUUUUGAAGAAAGAUGGGUAUUGCAUAAAAUCUGGGUGGCCAAAAGCCGAGGCACCAAAUCUCACCCUCAAAAAGGCUAACAAAUAUUUGCAAGAUUCAAUUGUCUCGAUGAGGAAGCUCCUGCAGAAACAGGUUUCUGGAUCGAAGAAAGGCAACAUAAAUGUGAAUGCUCAAAACAAACCCACGGUGGGGUUGAUAUAUGUCAAUGAGCAAUACGAUGGGUGGAAAAUGGAGUGUUUGAACAUACUCAGGAGGAAAUUCGACAUGGCCUCGCGCACCUUUUCACCCGACAAAGAAAUCCUCGCUGAACUACAGCAGAGCUCAAUUGCAAAAGAAGGCAAUUUCAAGCAAAUACAGAAGCUAUGUAUGCCAUUCCUGAGAUUCAAGAAGGAUGAAGUUAUGGCCGUAGGGGUUCAGGCACUGGAUCUAAGACUUCCAUUUGGCGAGAUUGAGGUCCUCGAGACAAACUCAGACUUGAUCAAAAGACAGCUUGGUCUUGAAAGAUUGGAGAUUUUGUCUGCUGCAGAUCCAACUGCAAUUGGAAGAGCCGGUCCUCAUGCAUCGCUUUUGAAACAGAAUCCUCCAUCACCUGGGAAUCCAACCGCAAUCUUCAUCAAUGAGUAAACUCAAAGACAAACUUUUCUAUUGCCAUUCACAUCUGGUUUAAGUUGUAAUUUUUGUGGUUUCUGGAUUUUGCUAUACUGAUUGUAGUUUCAUCAUUGGAUGUUAAUUAUAUUGUAAGCAGACUAGCAAUACUGUUUUAAUCCAUUCUGGCAUUUUCUCUGAGGCAAAA